AUGUCCGGCACGUUUCGCGACGGCGUCCACCCGGGCCUGUUCCGGCCGCCCGUGUCGCCCAGCUCCAGCACCGACUAUCUCUCGUCGUCGACCUUUGCAACCGAAACCUCCAAGCGCAAAUGGAGCCGCAGCAACGGCAUGCAGACCGGCAGCUUCUUUGAGGAUGUCUACAUGGACAGCGCCCCGAGGAACUAUGCCCUCGCCGGCCAGCUUCACUCCCCCGUCAUCGGCCCCAACCUCGACGACGCCGACGCUGCCAUGGACGAGAGCAUGUACUCCGACUCCGACUACAGACGAGCCCUGGGCACGAAGCGAUCGCGAGACGAAGCAGGCGACGAGUCCGGCGGGCCGACACCGCUCUUCACCCAGCCCGGACCCGACCAGUCUACACAAUCUGGAAGCUGGGGAUCAUUUGCCUUUUCCACCAUCGGCGGCGUCGUCGGCCGUGUGUGGGAGUUUUGCAAGGCCGGUGCCUUCAAGGGCUUUUACGCAGGAGGCGGCACGUCAUACAAGAUGACGAGUGCAGGCAUUAGCGUCGACGAAACGGGAUCCAACAGCCAUCAGACGUAUCACUUCCAGGGCGGCUCUCAACAGCAGCAGCCGCAAAACUCACAACCGAGCCGCGACCAUCGCUUUGGCGGCCGAGACAGAGCACGGCAUCUACACGGACAAGUCCCCAAACGGGGUCACUACAGCAACAGCAACAACCAGAAUGCCGGCUACGACUCUUCGUACGACAGCGGCGCAUCAACACCCACCGGCCCGGCGCCCAAGAGACGCAGGCAUACAGAGAAUGGAGGCGAACUAGGCAAGAACUGGGUCAUGAUCCAUGAGCCCGAAGCUGAGACAAGGACACCCCGAAGAAUGCCCUCCUCAGCUCUUCCAUCGCCGCGCCAUCGUACCCAGCAGAUACCCGUGGCCGACCGCCGCAUGAGCUCCGCAAGCAGCUUCUCUACUCCCACAACCUCUAGCCCAGCUCCUCUUCGCCCUGCCAGUCGUGCCGCAGGCCGUCCAGGUAGCCGGGCGUCCGACGCCAAUUCCCUCAGGCCCCUGCAGUCGGCAUCAGCGGCGUCGUUUGCCUCCUUCAAGGCGAAGGCGCCCAGCGCCCCCAAGCCGCCUGCCCCUUCCCCUACGCCAAGCAGGAUCCCUGUCAAGGCCAACACUUCAGCCGUCCUCGCAUCGUCGGCCGCGCUCUCGACCUUUGAGCAGGGCCGAAGACGCCGACACACAGUCGUGCCGUCGUCUUCCGAUCCGUCGGCCUCGUCUGGGCAUCGCCGCCGCGGCAGCAUAGCCUCGGUGGCCACUAGUAGGGUCAAUGAGAUUGACGCCAGCCCUUCGCGACUCGACGCCGAAGCCAGGAAGCUGGCUGCUCGUCGCCAAAUGGAGGAGCGCGACAACGACGAGCGCAUGUCGGCCUUUAACAAGCAACUACAAGACAUGAUCCGACAGGGAAGAGAAGCCCUAGGGACGACUAUUGAGGUUGACGGCAGCUGGGAAGACAUUUCCUAA